GCGUGUUUCUGGGUCUCCCUCCCUGCAACAUGGCUGAAGCCCAUGCUGAGCUGUGCGGGGACCCCCUGAGGAGGCGGCGGCAGCCGGGCCCAGUCCUCCGUCAGGAUCCAGACCGGCUCCAGAACCGCACGCCCGCCCCCCUGUUCGUGCCCUUCAUCACCGGGCCGGCGCCGCGGCCCAUUCAGAAGAUGAGCCAGGAGCAGCACAUGUGGAGGGUGGACCUGGACGUGGCCCACUUCUCCUCCGCCGACAUCUCUGUCAGCGUCAGACGCGGCUUCUUGGAGGUCGAAGGGAAACACGGCGAGAGGCCGGACGAGCACGGAUCCACUGCCAGAUGUUUUACAAGGAAGUUCAGGCUUCCGUCUGAGCUCGACGUUGCCAGAAUGACCUCCACGCUCUCUGUGGACGGGAUCCUGACGGUGGAAGCUCCGGUUCCUGAAGCCUCCGUUCCUGCCGCCGUCAUCAUUCCCAUAAAGGUGGAGAUAGAGACAGAAGACAGCCCCGAGACGGACCCAGACAGCAGCGGAGCGCCGGAGGCCCAGAGGCUUCUGGGAACGCUGGAGCCGGAGGAUUAUGGGAAGGACUCUCCACUGGAGGAGCCUGGUGACAGAGCCCCUCCCGGCAGCAGCUCAGCUGAGCCUCAGCCGCGUGACGGGAGCAGGGAGCAGGAGGAGACCCGUGGGAAGCCAGCUGCAGAGUCCCACCCUUCAGCGUCUGCAGAUGGCGGCGACACACAGCGUUGUCAGGGUUCCUCCGAGCACCGCGAAGCAACGCAGAGCCAGGAGUCCCCAGACGCGCUCACACCCGAAGAGCCCGCGCCCGAGCGAAUGAGCGGCGAGAGCCAGAAAAGCCGGCGUGAGGAGCCGGAGCCGGGCCAGAGUCAGGCGGGCCAGGUCCAGAGCCGGGAGCCGGAGGUUCCCCUCACUCAACGGGCAGAGUAGAGCUUCAGCAGAGCAGCUCGCUUUGCUACAAACCCAAUAAUCAGCAGCCAUCGCUCUAAAUGUGCUUUAAUAAAAAUAGCAUCUGAAAAUA